UCCUUCUUAAUUCCAUCAGAGGCGCUGCAUCACUUCACUCCAUCAACCUGCCCGCUCCUCCCGCCGUUCAGCCCUGACAAUAAAACCUCUUCUUCUUCUUUUUUUUUUUUUAAAGUACAUUUCAGACAAUUUAACUGUUUUCUUUUGUUAAAAAAAUGGCCAGCAGCUUCUCCAGAAUCCUCUCCUCCAAGAGGAGCGUCGGACUUCUGUCGGUGGUCGGCGGCUCCGUGGCGGCCGGCUUUCUGCUCCAUCGGGAACAUGUCACCGCCGGAGAACCUCUGCGGAGGAGAUACCCCGCCAGUGCGGAGUACCCUGACCUGCGCAAACACAACAACUGCAUGGCCAGUCACCUGACACCCGCCAUCUACGCCAAGCUGUGUGACAAGACCACGCCCAACGGCUUCACCCUGGACCAGGCCAUCCAGACGGGCGUGGACAACCCUGGGCACCCCUUCAUCAAGACCGUUGGCAUGGUGGCAGGAGACGAGGAGUCUUACGAGGUUUUCGCAGACCUGUUGGACCCCGUCAUCAAAGAGAGGCACAAUGGCUACGAUGCCCGCACAAUGAAGCAUCCCACUGACCUGGACGCCACCAAGAUUCAUUCAGGCAAUUUCGACGAGCGCUACGUGCUGUCGUCCCGGGUGAGGACGGGCCGUAGCAUCAGGGGCCUGAGCCUGCCCCCUGCCUGCACCCGGGCAGAACGGCGAGAGGUGGAAAGGGUGGUGGUGGACGCGCUCGCCGGGCUGAAGGGAGACCUGACCGGCAGAUACUACAGCCUGACUCAGAUGACAGAGAAGGAGCAACAGCAGCUCAUUGAUGACCACUUCCUGUUCGACAAGCCUGUGUCGCCCCUCCUGACGUGCGCAGGCAUGGCCCGUGAUUGGCCAGAUGCCCGUGGUAUUUGGCACAACAACGAGAAGACAUUUUUGAUUUGGGUCAAUGAGGAGGAUCACACCAGAGUUAUCUCCAUGGAGAAGGGAGGCAACAUGAAAAGGGUCUUUGAGAGGUUCUGCAAAGGCCUCAAGGAGGUGGAGCGCCUGAUCCAGGAGAGAGGCUGGGAGUUCAUGUGGAACGAGAGGCUCGGCUACGUCCUGACCUGCCCCUCCAACCUGGGAACCGGACUCAGGGCUGGUGUCCACGUUAAGCUUCCCCUGCUAAGCAAGGACCCCCGUUUCAGCAAGAUCCUAGACAACCUGCGUCUGCAGAAGCGCGGUACCGGUGGUGUGGACACUGCUGCUGUAGGCGGUGUGUUUGACAUCUCCAACCUGGACCGCCUGGGACAUUCUGAGGUCCAGCUGGUGCAAACCGUGAUCGAUGGGGUCAACUACCUGAUUGAGUGUGAGAAGAGGCUGGAGAAAGGCCAGGACAUCAAGGUGCCCCCACCCAUUAGGCAGUUCAAGUAGACACCGAUCCUUCAUCGCUACACACAAACCUCUGGGCACGCUCACAAGCACAAACACCCUGCCUUGUGCCCAUAGAUAUGAAAAGUAUCUAUGUUAUUGCCUCAUUAAAUAUUACUACUAUCACUUAUGCCACUUAUCUAAUCAAGCACCCAUCCCUGCUCUUCAGUAUACUCUAUAAUUUCAUCUAUAUACUGUAUGUUGUAUUUAACCAUCUGGCUGAAACAAUUUUAGGGUCCCAGAAGUUCAACAGGCUCCAGUGCAGGAGAUUGAAAACGCACCGAGCUCAGAUGCUAACCUGGCUCUAAAAUGAUAGCAGUGAUUUAUAGAGUUAUGGAAAAGGUGGGGCUGUUUUAGUAAAGCAAAGAUCUGCUUCUCUGCAUGGCCAAAAAGUAAACAAAUAAAAUAAAACACACAACACUCCCUGUCCCACCGCACCCACCCUUGCUCCGCCCAUCACCUCCCCUCACUCCUGUGUAGUGAUCGCCUAUAACCCGAUGCUUAUGUAGUCUGUCCAUUUGUGGUGUGUUCUCCAUUGUGGAUUGUGUGUACGUAGUUUCUUUUUGAAGUUUCGAUGAUUUUGAAUGUAGAUUUACAGGCUGAACUUUAGAGACGUGUUUUCUCCAGAAGAAGUUAAUGUAUGACGCCUUGGUGUCACACCGGCCGGGUCGGGCUCCGUACUGUAAGCUCCUGAAGCAAUAUCGUUUGAGCCAUAACAGACUGUCAUGUCUUUUAUUAAACAAAUCAUCUAUUUAACAGUA